AUGUACUCGCGCCGCUUGCUUCUGCGCCUGAGCAGCAGCAGCAGCAACMUCGCCGCUCCCACAUCUUCCACUCUUCGCCCCUUCUCCCGCUCCGCCACGCAAUGGGACAAAGACCACAAGACGACCACGAAGGCGCCUGCGCUCUCCGACAUUGCGCCCGACCAGUCGGCCACCUUCGACGCCAAACAGAAGAGUUUCCGCGCCAACCUGGCCGAGCACCACCGCGCCAAAAAAGAGAAAGAGAGUCAGUCUGCGUCCGGUUCUGCCACUGCCGCUAAGUCAUCUUCUUCCCCUUCCCCUUCCAUCCCUCCCAUGGCCAUUGAUACCCCUGAUGUCGUGUCUCAGGGCCUUGGCUCACUCAGUCAAAAUGUAGGACAAGAAGCCCGCGCACAAGAGACCGAUAAAAAGAAAAGCGGUGGUCUCCUCAGCACCUUGAUUCAUGGCACCGAGGAGGGGCGUGAAAUGGACCGCGAGAUCGAACGCAGCUUCUCGCAGGUCCUUGCCCGUGGCAAGUACGUCCACAGCAUUGUGAUGCACGAGGUCAAGCCGAGCAAGGUGGACGAAUACGUUGAGCUGGUGGGCAGCUGGUACCCUCGCAUGGCGAGCGACCCGGACAACAAGGUACAUUUGGUCGGCAGCUGGAGGACAGAAGUCGGAGACUGCGACACGUUCGUCCACAUUUGGGAGUACCAACGCUACUCUGGGUACCACGAAUCGCUGCACAGAAUCCAGAACCACCCGGAGUUUGCCGAGUUCGACCGGAGACUGAAGAAGAUGAUCAAGUCUAAGAGCGUCUCACUUAUGCAGGAGUUCCGUUUCUGGCCUACAUCGCCUCCACGUCAGCUGGGAGGUGUCUUCGAGCUGCKAACAUACACCCUGCACCCAGGCAAUCUGCUUGAGUGGGAGACACAUUGGCAGAAGGGCUUGGCUGCGAGGAGGGAGGUCAUGGAGGGUGUUGGAGCAUGGUUCACGCAGAUAGGAGCGCUUAACGAGGUUCACCACCUGUGGCAGUUCCCUGACCUCGAGGAACGCCGAUCUAGGAGAGAACAGAGCUGGAGCAUAACAGGCUGGGGCGAGACGGUUCACAAGACGGUCCCACUCAUUCAGUCGAUGAAGAGCCGCAUCAUGAUGCCUCUGCCAUGGAGCCCAAUCGGUUGA